AUGGCAGGGGGUGGAAUUAGGUGGUCAUCUAGGUCUCCCCCACCCCAAACCAUUCUGGAAAUAUUUGAUACUGUAAUCCUGGGAUUCUUUGGUUCCGUGGUCCCGCCCCGCCGGCCCCGCCCCUCUGACGCCGCUCCACGUCCGCGCCCCCAGCGCCGGCCGCCCAUAAAGCGGGCAGCGGCGGCGGGCGGCUCCUCAUGGAGCGUUGCGCGCCGCUGACACCUGUAGCAAUAUUUUUCCCUUCCCUCGCCGUGUGUGUCGCCGCCCGCCACGGGACCGACAAUGCGCGCUGUGGCGCUGAUCGUGGCGCUGGCCGUGCUGGCAGCGAGCCGUCCGGCCGCCGGGUCCUCGCCUAACGCCACGGAGCCGCAGCGGCACGGGGAGCGGGAGCCCGAGAGCCGUGAGGGCGAGCCCGUGCCGGGUCCCGACUACGAGGAGGAUGAGGAGGAGUACGAGGAGGCGCAGCCUGUCCACCAGUACAUCGUGGACGAUUUGAUCCGAGUUGAACCUGUGGUUAAACCCAAGGCUACAAAGAGGGGGGGUGAGAAGAAUGCUGGCAAAUCAAGAAGGAAGAAAAACAAAGGCAAAAACAAGAAGAAAGGGACUCCCUGUGAAAUGGAAUACAAAAACUUUUGCAUCCACGGAGAAUGCAUAUACCUAGAACAUCUGCAGAUGGUGACCUGCAAGUGUCAUCAGGAUUUUUUUGGUGAGCGCUGUGGUGAACAGUUCAUGAAGACUCAAAGGAAGAAUGAUGUGGCAGACUACUCCAAGACUGUGUUGGUAGUGGUAGCUGUCUUGCUCUCAAGCAUCAGCUUCAUUACUGUACUUAUCAUUGUGAUAGUGCAGGUCAGGAAAAAGUGUCCUCAGUAUGAAGAGAAAGAAGAAAGGAAAAAACUCCGACAAGAAAAUAGAAAUGGCCAUGUUGGUGUGUAAAUGGGGAGAAAGCAGAACAAUUCUGAAGUGGCCAUUGCCAACCUGCAGGGUACCUCUGGCUACCUGACACAUCCACCUGGACACUGUGGGCUGGACCUGUUGCCACUAAGCCCUGAUUCAUCAAGGAGAUGUCAACAGGCCACUUGCUGCUGAAUCGCUUGCUGGGGAGGACAGUUACUGCUGCAUCUUGGCACGGCCACGUGGAAGGAGCUGGCACUGUGGGGGACAGGACCUGCUGUCAAGACCUGCGACAGACUACUGCAACUGAGCCUUCCCUAUCCCUGCUGGAGCUCCAGUCUCUGCUAUGGUGUGGAUGGACUUUGCUCUCUUAGCAAGUCUCCUUAGGCAGCUCUAGCUCUAAGGGAGAGAGCCUGUUGCCGCUUUCAGGAAUGGAUGGAGGGGAGAAAAUUUCCUUCUCCCAAAGUGAAAAAGGGAAGAGGUUGGGGUGGCUUCUCUCCCUAGACCUCAGUGGAU